AUGAAAAAAAUUGAAAGUAACUGGUCCAAUGGGGACAAACAUUUUGGAAAGGCGGACAGUUCCUGUGCAGAGCCACAAAUCAACCUCAAAUACCAAAGGAGCCAGAAGAGUGAGGAGCUACCGACACCUCCCGGGCCGGCUCCGGAGCAGACCACUUCCAGCUCCCUGAUGGCCUUGGCCAUGGAUUUUAAAACUUAUGUGGAUCAGGCAUGUAGAGCUGCCGAGGAAUUUGUCAAUAUUUACUAUGAGACAAUGGACAAAAGACGACAUGCACUUGUCAGGCUGUAUUUGGACAAGGCCACUCUAAUCUGGAAUGGAAAUGUUGUUACAGGGCUGGAAGCCCUUGCUAAUUUUUUUGAGAUGUUGCCUUCCAGCGAAUUCCAGAUCAAUAUGUUAGAUUGCCAACCAGUUCAUGAGCAAGCUACCCAGUGCCAGACCACAGUGCUUGUUGUGACCAGUGGAGUUGUGAAGUUUGAUGGAAACAAGCAGCACUUCUUUAACCAGAACUUCCUGCUGACUGCACAGAGCACCCCUAACAGCACUGUGUGGAAGAUUGCAAGUGAUUGCUUCCGUUUUCAAGAUUGGGCUACUAUUUAAAGGAGCAAAAGCCCAUUCUUCUAUUGGUCCAUUAGUUCCAGCAAGAGAAGUCUAAUGUGAAUUAAUGUGAAUUAAUAUAUUUCAUUGCAAAAGUACUACAAUCUUGAGUGUAUGUGCUAAAAUUUAAUGUAUGUAGUAUUUUUUUACUCCUAGCAGCACCUUUGCUAGAUCAGCUGCCAGUUUGGAGUAUUGCCCUUAAGAGCUUUAAAGAUAGUUUUGGUUUGUUUUUUUUUUUUUACAUGCCUUAUGCAUACAUUCCACUACUGACACUCUCAAGGUAAUAUUAAACAAGAUCUAGGUACUAAGAUACUCACUGUGAAUCCGAUCUAUUGCACAAAUGGAGUCCUUUUGUAUUACUGUCUAUGGGAUAGCACAAGAUAGCUCUGUAGGAUAAUUCUUAGUUAUUAGGGUAAUUUCUCAAUGAAGCACAUGCCUGUUUACGAUUAACACUGGUACUAAAGUUUUAAUAUGUAAGUAUAGGUAUUUGAAGUCAGUUCAACUUAGUUUUACACUAGUGUUCCGACAUAUUUGAAUUGCAUAUAACUGUAUAAUAGUCCGUGUUGUUUUCUUGCAUUGACAUGUUUCCUUUUGAAAUGAGGUAAUCAACUAGAUGGGCAAAAAACAUUGUUUAUGGCUGAUACUUGUAUAUUAGGUGAAUUUAAUGGAAGUAACAACUCUGAAAUAUUUUUUUCGUGGCAGCUUCAGGUCAAUGUAUUUAUGUGAUAAAUGGGGAGUAAAAAUAAAAGCUCUAAUGGGGGAGUAAGGAAUGAGAAAUAUAGAAAUAUAAGACUGAAGCCAAAACCAAGAGAGGGAGCAUACUUGUUCCCUACCUCCUGGAAGUGGAGCCUAGUUUCAGGAUUUGCAUCCCAAGAGUAUCUAAGAAUCCUUGCCGUAGUCCUAAAAACUGGAUUUUAAGAUCGUUUUACUUCCCCUUCAUGCCUGUCUCCAGUAUCCAUCCCAGCUUAUUUAUGAAUGUAAGGGAUUAAGAUAUCAGCUGUAAACUUAACUUUGUCUCAGAAUCUGAAAGUUAGAAAGAAAGCUAUGCACAGUCUCUGUGCAUGCUGAACUCCAGAUUCUUCCAUAUCAACUGCAAGCCCAAAGCCUCCAAUGUAUUACCUACCAUGCACAUGAAUAAUUUUCUUCUCUGGCUUUUACACUAUCAACUAUAUUACCUACUUUUUAAAAUUAAGUCUUUGAUUUUAUGAUUUAUUU